AUGCCAAUCAUUGGAUCUCAUUCGCGCACGUCCCGCUCUUCGGUCGUUGGGUCUCAUUCGCGCACGUCCCGCUCUUCGGUCGUUGGGUCUCAUUCGCGCACGUCCCGCUCUUCGGUCGUUGGGUCUCAUUCGCGCACGUCCCGCUCUUCGGUCGUUGGGUCUCAUUCGCGCACGUCCCGCUCUUCGGUCGUUGGGUCUCAUUCGCGCACGUCCCGCUCUUCGGUCGUUGGGUCUCAUUCGCGCACGUCCCGCUCUUCGGUCGUUGGGUCUCAUUCGCGCACGUCCCGCUCUUCGGUCGUUGGGUCUCAUUCGCGCACGUCCCGCUCUUCGGUCGUUGGGUCUCAUUCGCGCACGUCCCGCUCUUCGGUCGUUGGGUCUCAUUCGCGCACGUCCCGCUCUUCGGUCGUUGGGUCUCAUUCGCGCACGUCCCGCUCUUCGGUCGUUGGGUCUCAUUCGCGCACGUCCCGCUCUUCGGUCGUUGGGUCUCAUUCGCGCACGUCCCGCUCUUCGGUCGUUGGGUCUCAUUCGCGCACGUCCCGCUCUUCGGUCGUUGGGUCUCAUUCGCGCACGUCCCGCUCUUCGGUCGUUGGGUCUCAUUCGCGCACGUCCCGCUCUUCGGUCGUUGGGUCUCAUUCGCGCACGUCCCGCUCUUCGGUCGUUGGGUCUCAUUCGCGCACGUCCCGCUCUUCGGUCGUUGGGUCUCAUUCGCGCACGUCCCGCUCUUCGGUCGUUGGGUCUCAUUCGCGCACGUCCCGCUCUUCGGUCGUUGGGUCUCAUUCGCGCACGUCCCGCUCUUCGGUCGUUGGGUCUCAUUCGCGCACGUCCCGCUCUUCGGUCGUUGGGUCUCAUUCGCGCACGUCCCGCUCUUCGGUCGUUGGGUCUCAUUCGCGCACGUCCCGCUCUUCGGUCGUUGGGUCUCAUUCGCGCACGUCCCGCUCUUCGGUCGUUGGGUCUCAUUCGCGAAGUCGCAGAACAUCGACACCUGGCCCGGGACGCAGUAGUGGCUGCAGCCUGGACAGCAACAGACCAGCUCUGUCGGAGCGCUCAGCCGCAGAGGAACACACCCAGCAGACCAACAGCUGGCGACAUAGGACAGUACUCAGGGCAUACACGUUCACGAGUAUUUCAGCAUUCUUGUCCGCUUGGGGUGUCAGAACUAUGAGCCAAUAG